AUGCAACGCGUCACAGCCUCGCAUCAAAGUCAGACCGCGCGAGUCAGCGUUGAUCAAGGACAGACAACGCCUCCGCAAUAUGCAGCACGUCGCUGCCUCGUACUAAAGCCAGACAGCGUGCGUCAGCAUUGGACCAAGUUCACACGGUGUCCUUCCAAUAAAAAGCUUGAGGCCGUUGUACUUCUCACACUCGCACGCACUCGCGCUCUCGCAACCACUUUGUUGGAAUAUAGCUAUUGUGUCCCCUUCCGUGCAUGUUUUAACUUGAAAAAUUCGAUUACCUCAGACGACCGGCCCAGUCCACCUGAAAUCCUCUCACUGGAGGUGAAUAUACAAAAGCGAAUGGCGAAUGUGAGCUGGGCAGUCAGCCCAAACGCAGCGCAUUUUCUGGUAAACUUUUACGUGAGUACGGAUGUGACAUGCACAACAACCACGGUAUCGUUACAACUGACUUUUGGCAAUAUACCGGUGUGCAAGCAGCUUCGUGUGGGAGUGUCGGCAGAGAACGAGGCAGGCCUCAGCAAUGAGUCACUCAGUCCCGAGUUUUACAUCCCUGGA